CAGUUUAAAGGGUAAAACCUAUUUCUAUACUGCUGUACUUUAUUUUACGUGUUUUGCUUUUGUGAUUUUGCUGACCCCACAGUCGCUCCCGCAAAUUAACCUCAUCCUAAUCUCUUAAAUUCUCAUCUGAUUAUACCACAUAACCUUAUAAAAAUUUCACCAGGAUAGCAUCCCUGAGUCUCCAGACUAUUUUUCAGGAGGGUUCUGCCAACUGAGUUAUUUACAGGUAAUUUCUCAGCAUUAACAUUUUUGACCAAUACCAGCUACAGCUACUGUUUUUUUUUUCAAUGGAAGGAACCCCAUUUAGAACAGGCAGAUAACUUAAAAAGUCCAUACGGACAGGUGCCAGAUUUGGAAAUCGAACCCAGGCACGUAUUUCUUUGAGGCACACUGAUGCCACUGACAGUGAGAGACACCAUUGAUUCCGUGUCACAACUGUUUUUGACACAAAUUACAGCAUCCUGCAGAAACGUUUUUGGGUCAGACGUAGGUCACGGGGUCAGCAUGUAUGGGUCCAAUUUGAAAAUUACGCCGAAACCUAUUGAUUGAGCUCUUGCUCGUUGUAAACGAGGAGACAGAUCGAUGAAAGCUUUGGCGUAGAGAUGGGCAGCUUCGUAUGAGUGUAAUCCACCUGGGCACAUGCCAGGAUAUUGGGUGGGUGAUGAGUUCUAUGUCUGCUACAGAGUGGGUGAUGAGUUCUAGGUCUGGGCUAUAGAGUGGGUGUUGAGUUCUAGAUUUGGGCUAUAGAGUGGAUGAUGAGUUCUGAGUCUGGGCUAUAGAGUGGGUGAUGAGUUCUAUGUCUGUGCUAUAGAGUGGGUGAUGAGUUCUAUGUCUGUGCUAUAGAGUGGGUGAUGAGUUCUAUAUCUGGGCUAUAAAGUGGGUGCCGUAGCUGCUGUAGCCGUGUUCCUCCCCCUUGGUGGUGCAUACAGAGAUGGUAAGCAGCAAUGUGUUGUGGGGUCAUUGUUGUGAAGGAGGAGUCAUGGCAUGCUGCGCUCGCGAACGAAGCAAGCGGCCCCCUCCGGCAUCGGCGGCGUUUCCUCCUCCCACCGAAACGGGGAUUCUACCCAUUGCGGGUGCCCUGCCCCCGUGUGUAUUUUUCCUAAGCUCCAUGGUGCGGGACAGACCAUGGUGUGAGGUUUCACUUUGGCAUUCGCCAGCCACUUGGUUGGCAACACACGGCCAGACCUGACUCAAUGAGCAAGCGGGCGCGGCGUCCGCUGGGCAGGUGGGAGCGAGCGAUGCAGCCACCCAGGGAAUGACGAGAACGACGUCUGCCGCCGUUUGGUGAAGGGCAACUCUCAUGGGGAAGUAUUGAUCGGUCAAACAACUCUUCAUUUGGAGGUUGGAGGAGACACCCACAAGGUUGGCGAGCAAGGGGAAGAUUUACAGCCGGAGUUCCGCACAUUUCACAGCAUUGAUCCCAGCGAUGGAUCGCAUGAAGAAGCUGAAGCGGCGUCUGUCGCUGACGCUGCGUGGAGGCCGCCCUGUGGACGAGGCGCUCUCCGAGCUCGCAGAGCAGAUGACCAUGGAGGAUGGCACCAUCAAAGACAACGGUAGCGCCCCGGGCACAGGCACAGGCACGUGCACGCGCACGGACGCCGUGGUGCGCAACGGAAAGCCGCCCGCCUCGCACAGCAUGCACUCCUUCCUGCACCAGUACGCGGGCAGCCUGCGCAAGCCGCCCCUACGGAGGCCUCGCAGCGUGAUGGGUGGCCCCGUGCUGCCGGCCAACCUCUCCGUACCGCGGCACAGGGGCGACGGCGGCGACGCCGGGGUUGGUGACGCCGUCGGAGGAAGCGGCGGCGGCAGCAACGGCGGCGGCAGGCAUCACCUCGGCGUUGUGCACGAGAAUCUCAAGAUGGGCUCGGACGGAGAGAGCGAUCAGGCGUCGGGGACCUCGUCGGACGAAGUGCAGUCGCCCGUCCGCGUGCGCAUGCGGAACCACCCUCACCGGCGCAUCUCGCAGGAGGAUCUCAACAAGAGGUUAUCGCUCCCUGCCGACAUCCGGCUGCCCGAGGGCUACCUGGAGAAGAUGCAGCUCAACAGCCCGCCCUUCGACAAGCCGCUGAGCAGACGGCUCCGCAGGGCCUCGCUGUCGGAGAUUGGCUUUGGCAAGCUGGAAACGUACACGAAGCUUGACAAGCUGGGGGAGGGCACCUACGCCACGGUCUACAAGGGCCGCAGCAAACUCACCGACAACCUCGUCGCCCUCAAGGAGAUCCGCCUGGAGCACGAGGAGGGCGCGCCCUGCACCGCGAUCCGCGAGGUGUCCCUGCUGAAGGACCUAAAGCACGCGAACAUCGUCACGCUGCACGACAUCAUCCACACCGACAAGUCCCUCACUCUCGUCUUUGAGUACCUGGAAAAGGACCUGAAGCAAUACAUGGACGACUGUGGAAACAUCAUGCACAUGCACAACGUCAAGCUGUUCCUGUACCAGCUGCUGCGGGGCCUGGCGUACUGUCACAAGCGGAGGGUGCUACACCGGGACCUCAAGCCCCAGAACCUGCUCAUCAACGACAAGGGCGAGCUCAAGCUGGCCGACUUCGGCCUCGCCCGAGCCAAGUCUGUGCCGACCAAGACGUACUCAAACGAGGUGGUGACGCUGUGGUACCGGCCUCCCGACGUGCUGCUGGGCUCCACCGAGUACUCAACGCCCAUCGACAUGUGGGGAGUUGGGUGUAUAUUUUUUGAAAUGGCUGCUGGGAGGCCCCUGUUCCCGGGGUCUACGGUCGAGGAUGAGCUGCUUCUCAUCUUCAGGAUGCUGGGGACGCCCUCGGAGGACACGUGGCCGGCGAUUCUGGCGCACGAAGAGUACAAGGCCUACAAAUUCCCCAAGUACAAGGCGGAGCCCCUCAUCAACCACGCUCCGCGGCUUGAUGCGGAUGGCCUGGAUCUGCUCUCGAAGCUUUUGCAGUACGAGGCGAGGCGGAGGGUGUCCGCCGAGGAGGGCAUGCGGCACCCGUACUUCAAGAGCCUCGGGGAGAGACUGCACAAGCUGCCCGACGUUGUGUCGAUAUUCGCACUCAAGGAAGUGCAGCUGCAGCGAGACCUCGGUCACAGGACGACGCCUUACCACGAAGCAGUGUCACGCUCACAAGCACCUGGCAAACUGACGGGGAGGGCUCCCCCCCCCCCACAACGCGGGGCCCAAACGGCCAACGGCAAGAGCAGGCGGCAGAGCAUGCUGUUCUGAGACACGGAGUGGGGGGGGGCGACGCCAGGAGAGAGUGGCGGCCGUGGGCACGGCCGGAAGCCGCCGCCCGUGGCGGUGACGCCGCUCGGAGAGAAGUCACCUGGAGGGGGGGGGGCGGCACGUUGUGACGGUGAUGAGGUGUUGGCGAUGAUUGCGGUGGAGGUUGAUGACGAUAAUGGCGAGGGUGGUGAUGACGACGACGACGAUGAUGAUGAUAUACUGUAUGGGGAAGGCGGUGAGCGGCGUGAUGUGACCCCCUUCUCUACCUUCCUCGAGGAGGCCCCUGGUGCCGUGCACACAAACACCCCCCCCUCCUCCUUCCCUCCUGAGCAUGGUGGGUGGUGGGCACUCGGACUGUGUGUGAGCAGUGCAGAGCGUGUGGGUGUAGUGUGCUUCGUUUGUGAGCGGUGCGGAGCGUGUGUGGGUGUAGUGUGCUUCGUUUGUGAGCGGUGCGGAGCGUGUGUGGGUGUAGUGUGCUUCGUUUGUGAGCAGUGCGGAGCGUGUGUGGGUGUAGUGUGCUUCGUUUGUGAGCAGUGCGGAGCGUGUGUGGGUGUAGUGUGCUUCGUUUGUGAGCAGUGCGGAGCGUGUGUGGGUGUAGUGUGCUUCGUUUGUGAGCGGUGCGGAGCGUGUGUGGGUGUAGUGUGCUUCGUUUGUGAGCGGUGCAGAGCGUGUGGGUGUAGUGUGCUUCGUUUGUGAGCAGUGCAGAGCGUGUGGGUGUAGUGUGCUUCGUUUGUGAGCAGUGCGGAGCGUGUGUGGGUGUAGUGUGCUUCGUUUGUGAGCAGUGCGGAGCGUGUGUGGGUGUAGUGUGCUUCGUUUGUGAGCAGUGCAGAGCGUGUGGGGAGCGCGUGCUGUGCUUGUGAGCGGUGCGCUCCGAGAGCAGUGCAUUGUGUACAAGCGAUGCGUUGGAGCGCGUGCGAGCGCUGCGCUAGUGAGACAGUUGUGUGUGUGUGGAAGCAGUAUGCAUGUGUGACUGGUGGUUUGCCUGUGUAUUUGUAGUCUGCGUAAGUGCUGUGUGUAUGGCGAGUGUCGGCAGUGUUUUGUGUCCCACUGAUUUGUCGUUCCCUGUUUGCAAAUCUGGCACCUGGGUUCCUUGAGCUUCCAUCCAAACGCAAGGGGGUGACCCUUGGUUCGUGUGCGGUAUAAUAUUUUGCCAUCCUUUGUAGAUUUUUUUUUAUCUUUUUAUUUGUAAUGUUUUGUAAAUUGUUCAGUUACUAGGUCGUAGCUAUUUGAUUUAUUUAAUUUAUUUGUACCCGUUUUGGUUUGCCUCCUCUCCCCGUGUCCAGUCGGGGGUUUCCUGGUUUUCAAUAACACUAGAACACGUGCUUGGUGCACAAUCGGUUUGCCCGUGUGCCUGCACUCCAGCGUGUGCAUGCGGUGUCACUUGCGCGUGUGUGCGUGCCUGGUCGUGUGCAUGUGCUUGUGUGUUUGUAUAUGGUAGUGUGUGUGGGGAGCGGUUAGCGCUACGCUGCGCU